UUCAGAAACCAUCGAUGGUUUUCGGGAUCACUCGGUGUGAAGCCCGUCACUCCUACCAUAUUGCAUUUGAUUUCAAGAGCUAAAACCGGCAUAUUGACGAGAGAGACAGCAAAACGUAGCACACCGGUAUAUUUUUGAAAUCGUGCGAAUUCAGCAUCGUUCAUGAAUACAUCGAACACCAGAUGUGUUCCUGUCGGAUUUGGCUCUCGUGAUACGAAUCCUUCCUUCAUCUACUUUGGCUAUUAGAUUCUCAACGCCUUCAGAGGUUUUGCAUGAAAUCCUCAUUGCGCUUGGAGCAGAAGUACUCGGUGCUCCAUUCACGUCGAUCUUAUUAUCAACCACGAUGACAUCAUCCAAGCGAUUCGAAGGCAGACCGAUUUGCUUCAGAGUGUUGUCAACGUCUUCGCUCUGUGCUGGCCAAUCUGGGUUCGAAAUAUCACGAAUGUGAAUUAUGACAUCAGCUAA